AUGAUAACUUACACUGCGUGCACGCUGCUUGCCGUUAUAUGGUUGUGGUACAGACUGUUCCAGUUUUUACGUAUUCCGGUCUUUAAGAUUGUCGGUCUUCUGAACAUCGAACUACCACAGUCCACCAAGGUUUCGGUCGAUAAGAUUACACAGGAUAGCAUUACUCUACACUGGGAGAAUGAGCCCGAUUGUAUAUACACCGUAUCGGGUGUAGAGGAAAACCACCACCGAUUCAAAGUCGUUUCGUAUAAGCUCUAUUUAGAUGGGAAGCUAGUGGGCAAUUUCCCAAACACGAAAAGGGCAUACACGUUUGUACAUUUGAGGGGGCUAGCUUCUGGUCAGACGUAUCAGCUAGACCUAGUCACGGUCAACCAGUUGGGGUUCACUAAUAAGCUUCCUAAUGUGUUCGUGAUGACUCUACCAGGCGAUACCAAACUUGAGUCAAGUGUACCUCCGGUACCAGAACAGGAGGAAGCACAAAUAAUGGAGGAUCUGACACACUUACUACCUGCAGAUGUGAAGUGGAGAAAGCCCUUGAUGAUAACUCAGUCCACUAAGACGGCGACCCCCUCGUACUCCUCGUUAACAACGCUAAAUGACUUGGAGGGCUUCUCUAUCCAAGAUUUGAAAAACAUUUUGGUAUGUUCACAGGAGGAAUUACAUGACGUGUUGCAACAGCACUCAAUGAUAUUGCAAGAUUUUAAUGACACCAAACUACAGUUACAGAUGGAACUAGAUAAUUUAAAAGUUCAAUGGAACCACGAAAUAGAACUCAAAAAAUCCAUGAAGUCAACGAUCAACUCUUUGGAAUCUUCUAAAGUAUUAUACGAUUUGAAGAGAGAGAAACUUGAGAGAUCAAUAAAACAAAUUGAAACCAAAAUAUCGAAGAUGAACAAAGAUAUGGAUUCAUGGACUAAAAAUGAUGAUAUCGAAAAGAAAAAAGAGACUUUACAAGAAAAAUAUCGUAAAAUGUCUGAUAAGUUGAAUGAUGCAAUUUCAGCUACAUCAGAGCAAGUAAAGAAACUACAAGAAGAAAUAGCACAGCAAGAAGAUGAAAAUAAAAAACUAAAUCAAAUCAAAAAACUUAUGGAUAACGAAUCAAAUGGCUCUGCCUCUCAUCAAAACCAAAAUUCAUCUUCGGACUCUUCUACCAUUAAUUGGGCACAAGUUAUGAAAAAGAUAAACGAAUCUACUGUUCAAAGGUCUGGCUUACUCUCGUCCAGUGGAGAAGAUCUGUUGAAUAGUUUGCCACAACAGACCUCUUUGGUCCAAGCCAUAAAAUCUGAACUAGAGAUUGACCAAAAACUAGACAACCAAUGGAAAGCAUCGAAAAGCCGUUUCAAUAAAAGGAUUGACCAUCUAGAAAGAGUAUGGAAAGAAUUACAAACCAAAAAUAUACAGCUAAAAAAUGAACUCACUUUACAGACAUACUCUAUGUCCCAACAACCAUCUCAGAGUGGCAUUAACAACGAUAUGACUAACCAUAAUCCAACUCACCAGUUACAUUUGCAUGAUCCUUCUUCAUAUGCAAAUUACAAUACCAGUGGUUCGCUUUUGGCCCAGACUGUUGCUUCAGCACCAUUCACAUCUUGGCUACAACAAGGACAGCAGCAGCAUCAACAGCAGCAACAAACACCGCUUGCCGCAGCAGCAGACCCCACACAGAGUCUACCGACGUCUUCUCAUGAGCCAUUCUACCAUAACGCAGAAUAUGAGGACUCUUCGCAUCUGAUCUCCGGUUUGGAGAAUAUGGUCGCAGACGUUGCUGAUAAGCCUAGAACCGCCUUACUGUUCACUAAUGACCAAUUAGACGAAUACUGGAAUAGUUCAAGCCAAAUUUCGCGGCCAUUUAGCCCCUCUAGCCUUCCACCUCAAAAUCAACCACAACCCCCAACUCAACCCUCUCAUCAGCAAUCUUUAUCACAACAUCAAAUAGCUCCUAUUGUAUCAUCAGAUUCCUCACUCUCUCCUGCACCGCAAUUUAAACCACAUACUGAUAGAAGCUUUCUCGGCGUCCUCAACGACGCUCCCAAUGAUGAUGUUAUUUCUUUCCAUUCUGCAUUGAAUAACGGGGCAACCACAUCCCCAAUGAUGGUUCCUUCGAAAACAAUUCAUUCUGUUCCAGAUUCUGCCUUCUCACCAUCCUUUCAUAGUAUUUGGAAUGACAGUGGAAUAUCAUCUCCGCACUCAUCAAACCAUGCGGGAACCGACAAUCAGAAUAAGCCUUGGAUUUUCAACCAACCACUUGAUAUGCCAAGUGCACCUGCACAAGAAAGACCGAAGGAAAGCUCCACACGUAGAAUGUCAAAACUGUUCGCAAGAGGCACACAACUGUUUAAAUUACCAAGUCAUGAUUCGCAGUGA